AUGCCAUUGGCGCGCGUUUUCCGCGGUCGAUCCCACGUAAGUCUAUACCACCUUUCCUUUCCUUUUUUAAGGCCGUCCGUCUUCACCAAGGAUACACCAUUCCCACCCUUUUCCCCAACCUCCCCGGAAGUCUACCCUGUUUGUUUUGGUUUGUUUUUUGCCCCGCCAAAAAAUAUACUUCCUUCCCGUUCGAUCCCCAUUUUCUUUUUUAUAAAUUUUCGUUUUGGGCCCCCUGUUUGGGGACCCAAAACGCCUUUCCCCAAACUUUGCCCUAAACCCCAAUUCUUUUGGGGGGUUUUCCCGGGGUCCCGGGGAAAUUCCAUCACGUUGGGGCCCUUUCCUUUUUUGGGGCCCCCGGGUUUUUCCCCUUACACGGCCCACCCCUUUUUGGGGUCGAUCCGCCCUGUAAGGGGUUAUCCUCCCUUUCCCUGGGGGCCCGUCUGUUUAAGGGUACACUUUGGCCGAUCCGUUUCCGCGGUCGUUCCGCCCGUGGCGUUACUUUCUGCCUUUAAAUUUGCUUGGUUGUUUUCGCCAAGUGAUACAUUUUGGGUUUCAACCCUUUUUCCCCGGGUCCCCGGGCCCGGAAGUUUUCACUUUUCCCGUUUUCCAAUUUGGCCUUUUCCCCGGAACCCCCGGAAAAUUUUUUCCCAAAAGGAUCACCCCAGCCGCCCGGGGUCUUUCCGCCCGGCUAUCCACCUUCGUUUUGGGCCCUUUUUGGAACCCCCAAAACCAAAUACCCUUUUUGGGCAAAAACCCGUUUUCCCUUUUCCCCGUGUUAACCUUUUUCCCUGGCCCUGUUUGGGCCCUGGUUCGCCAAGGGAAUUUUGGGAAACCCCUUUCCGCGAACCCCGAAACAAGUUUUCAUUUCCCGGCCCCUUUUGGGGACCCCGUGCCGCCAAGUUAAAAAACUUUGGUAAUCCAACUUCGCGGCAGCCCAUUUUGCAUCCGCAAAUUUAUCACUUUUUCCCCCGGGGCCUUUGGGAAAAAUUUGGCAAAACUUCCCCAAAUGGUACCUUCCGGGGCCCCCUUUUUUGGGUCGAUCCCCCCCGCGAAAACCCGUUCUGUUUUUCCCCCGGGGCCUUUGGCUUAAAUGUUACACUUUGCCUGACCCGCUUCGCGUCGAUCCCCCCCGGAAGCGAAAUACUUUCCCCCUUUGGGGGCCUGUUUAGGGCCCGUUUUUCCCCAAGUGUCCCUUUGCCCGAUCCUGUUUCAUGGCCCUUCCGUGAAGCGUUUACUUUCCCCUUUUUGUUUGGGGCCCCGGGUCUCCCCGGAUACACUUUUUUGCCCUUUUUUUCCCUGGUCCCGCCCUGUAAGUUUUCCCCCUGUUUUCCCAAGAGGGCCUGUCUUCGCCAAGUGAUCCCUUUUGGUGAAUGUUUCGCGGUCAAUCCCCCGGUCCCCCCAAUAAUUUGGGGCAAACCUUUUUUCCGGGUCGAUCCCCCCCGUGUCUACCCGUUCUCCCUUUUGGGCCCCCUGUUUGGGGACACCCCCCCCAAAAUGCCAUUUUGGGCCCGAUCCUGUUUCCGCGGUCAACCGCCCCGUAACGACCCUUUUCCGAAAAGGAAACCCCCACUUUUGGUAAACCCCCGUCGCUUUCCCUUUCCGCCCCUUUUUAAGCCCCAAAAGUGUUUUCCCUUCCCUUUUUUCGGCCAAUCGUUUGGCAAUUUCGGUAGACCCCUUUCCGGGGGUCAACCGCCCGGAAGUCGUAUCACCUUCGGGUUUUUGGCCCUGUUUAUGGACCGGGUUCGCCAAGGAAUUUCAGCAAUGAUCCCCCUGGGGUCGAAAUCCUUUUUCCACGGCCCUUUUUUAAAAAUUUCCCUUUUCGCCAGGCCACGGUGCGACCCCGUUCCGCGGUCGAUCCUUUUGGUUGUAUACUGUUCUCAUUUCCCCCUGUUUGGGGACCCGUUUUUAAAGGGGGUACACUUUGGGCGAUCCUUUUCCCACGGGUCGAUCCCCCCAAAAAUUUACCCUUCUGACUUGACCUGUUACCGACCCCCCCUUUUAAGUGAUACACUUUGGUGCGACCCCGUUUCCGGGUCGAUCCGCCCUGAGUUGUAUCGCCUUUCACGGAAAUCGUUUAUUGAUUUCCCGGUUUUUCACCCGCCCGUCCAAACCGCCCCGGUAAGUCGUGUCCCCGUUCCCCUUUUGGGCCCUUUUUUUGGGGUUUUCCUUUUUCCCCCAAAUAACAUUGUUGGUUUUUUUUCCGCGGUCGAUCCCCCCCAAUUUGGGGAAAAUGUUCUAAUUUCCCCCUUGUUUGGGGGUUCCGGGUUUAAACCAAGGAAAGGGAACCCUGUUUGCGGUCGAUCCGCCCAGUCCAUUUUUCUUUCCUUUGGUAUACCUUUGGACCCGGUUUGGGUCCUUUCCGCCCAAAAUUCGGUACCCUUUUUCUUCGGCCCUUUUGGGACACUUCUUCCCCAAAGGAUACACUUGGUAAUCCCGCCCGGGGCGGCCAAUCCGUCUGUGGUCGUUUUACCUUUCUGUUUUGGGCCCUGUUUGGGGCCCCCGUCCCACCAAAUGACCCCUUUUGGGAAGCCGUUUCCGCCGUCGACCCGCCCUGUUGUUGUACCCCGUUUCACGGGCCCGUUUGGGGACCCGGCACCGCCCGAUCCUGCUUCCCGGUCGAUCCGGGAAGACAAAACCCGUCCUUUUGGGCCCCCUCGCCAAGUGAAACACUUUGGUUCGACCCUUUUUUUCCCGCGGUCGUUCCCCCCUGGGUCGUUUCCCCGUUCUCCGGGGGACACCGUCUUGGGCGGAUACACUUUCCGGUCCCUUUUUCCCGGGGUCGAUCCCCCCGUCAAGUCGAUAAAUUCCCCGCCUGGCCCGUUUAGGGACCCUCCCCCAAAGGAUACCCCUUUUGCGAUCCCCAAUAUCCGCCCUGUAAGUCGUAUCCCCGUUUUCCCUUUGGCCCCUUUGGGGGACACCGCCGCCGGAAAAUUGGCUGAUCCCGCCGGGUCAAUCCGCCCCAGAAGUCGUAUCACCUUUUGGGCCCUUAAACACUUUGUUGGUCACUUUUCCCGCGGUGAUCCCCCGUGGGUUGUACCCGUUCGAUUUAGACCCCCCGGGGAUCAUUCCCCGGUUAAUUUGGGGGAUCCCGCCGCGGUCGACCCCCCGGAAAUCCCCCCGUUCUCCCUUUUGGCCCUGUUUAGGGGUCCCAAAGGGGACAUUUUCCAUCCCCCCGGGGUUAAAUUCCCCCCCUGA